AAAGUUCCGUAAAACAUCGAUAGCGUCUUCGAUGAUUCGCCACCUCUAGUAACUGGUAUAUUUUCCACGCAGAUAAGUGGUAUAUUUGGAAACAAGUUUGCGGUCACGCUGGAUUCAAUACAACGUGUGCAGAAAAAUAUAGCACCGCACUUCCCCCCCCUAUAACACCUACAACACUCUCGCUCGCUCUACUGCUGAGACUCUCACUCCCGCAAGCAAACCAAAAGCACACAACAGCUAGCCAAGAUGUUCAUUUGGGACUGGUUCACGGGUGUUCUGGGAUACUUAGGUCUAUGGAAAAAGUCCGGCAAACUGUUAUUCCUUGGCUUGGAUAAUGCUGGUAAAACCACAUUAUUGCAUAUGCUCAAAGAUGACAAGCUUGCGCAGCAUGUGCCUACACUGCAUCCAACAUCCGAGGAGCUGUCCAUUGGCAAUAUGCGUUUCACUACAUUCGAUUUGGGUGGCCACACUCAGGCACGUCGUGUGUGGAAGGAUUACUUCCCCGCUGUGGAUGCCAUCGUGUUCUUGAUAGACGCCUGGGAUCGUGGCCGCUUCCAGGAGAGCAAAAACGAGCUGGAUUCGCUGCUCACGGAUGAGGCGCUGUCCAAUUGCCCCGUGCUCAUAUUGGGCAACAAAAUUGAUAAGCCCGGUGCGGCCAGCGAGGAUGAGCUGAGGAAUGUGUUUGGACUGUAUCAGUUAACGACCGGCAAGGGCAAAGUUGCACGCUCCGAUUUGCCUGGUCGCCCGUUAGAAUUGUUCAUGUGCUCAGUACUGAAGCGACAGGGUUAUGGCGAGGGUUUCCGUUGGUUAGCGCAGUAUAUUGAUUAAGUCAAGAUUAACCAUAACAAAACAAAACAAACAAACAAAAAAAAAGGAAAAUAACAAA